GAGUCAAGGUAGGGUCAAGGUCAUUGAACCUGUGUGGUUUGUUCUGCAGAUUGCUGGGAGUGGACAAGCUCAUCUCCUAUGCACUGAACGAGUGGCUGACUGACAUCAGGAAAAAUCAGCUGCCUGGUAUUCUCGGCGGUGUGGGACCCAUGCAUUCCUUGGUGCAAUUAGUUCAGGGACUGAAGGACCUGGUCUGGCUGCCCAUAGAGCAGUAUCGUCGGGAUGGACGCAUCGUGAGAGGCCUCCAACGAGGAGCAGCCUCAUUCGGAACCUCCACUGCUAUGGCUGCCUUAGAGCUGACAAAUCGCCUCGUACAGACCAUACAGGCAGCAGCAGAGACAGCCUAUGACAUGGUUUCCCCAGGCCCAACUACACACAGUUUGAUGCGGACCAAACAUAUCUCUCAACACCGAUUGGCCCAUCAACCUGUCGAUCUGCGGGAAGGAGUCGCUAAGGCAUAUGACGUAGUGAAAGAGGGGUUCACGGACACAGCUCACCUGAUCUACGAGACUGCGGCGCGGGAGCAUGAGCAGAGGGGUAUGACUGGGGCAGUAGGAGGUGUCUUGCGGCAAAUCCCACCAGCAGUGGUGAAGCCACUAAUCGUUGCAACGGAAGCCACCUCCAAUGUCCUAGGUGGGAUGCGAAACCAGAUUCAGCCAGAUGCCCGUCAGGAAGAGUCCCAGAAGUGGCGUCUUGGCGACCAGUAAUUGUCAAAGCAAAUAUCAGCUUCCCGGGAAAGGACAGAAAUCUUCAUGAAGCUUUGAACUCCUGAUGCUGGGAACCAACCGGGAUUCACUGCGCAAUACACUUUCCUGCCUGUAUAUUUUGGUCUCAUUAUUUCGUGAGUUAAAAAUACUAUAGACAGUAUCCAUCAGGUGAGCUGCAGCUUUAAAUAAUUUGACUGACCUGAUGCUGCGUAGAAUAUUCCCCGAUUUAUUUUAGAGAUGGCAUGAAGAUAUAUUUUUGAAAAACAGAAGCUUGAAUAGUGUGACUGCCUCAGCGAGGAUUCUGCUGCUCAUCUCAGUUUGGCAAGGUCAUGGGAUCGAAACCAUUGUUGUUUGGAUACACUGCAGAUUGUAAACCCACCAGCUGAGAGUAAUCUUGUAGCUUUCUAGUUCCAUCGUCUCCGAACCAAGGGCGCUAAUCAUUCUCUCAUCCUGACUGAGAUAACUUGUAAUUGACAAGCCCACCUAACCCCCUGAAACCCUGAACUUACUACAAAAGCCAGCAACUUUCCAUGGUACCAAGCCCAUUGUCAAGCCCUUAAUGACUAAACAUAGUCUACAUUCUCUCGAUAUGCAUUGCUUAAUCAGCUUUUGGACACACUUGACAAUUUCUUGCACACUUGACAAUUUCUUGCAGAGACCUUUGCCUCAAGUAACUUAGGUUAAUUCAAAGGGGUGUAGUACAUUCCUGGUUUUUAUUUCCUUUCAAGUGGGUCAGCCUAAUAUUCUGUGCCCCAGUUGUGCAGUGACAGGACAGCUCCAGCGCAUUGAAAGGAUAAGUAUCAGAAGCCACUUGGCUUGUGCAGCUGUGCUAUCAAUAGAAGCUUGGCUCCAGGUUACCUGAACAUCCUCUUGCAUGAGAAAUAGUUUCAGCUUUUGAGAACAUUGUAAAAGGAUAUGUUUAAUUUGGAGGUGGAAGGGGUUGGCGAGGAGGGACAUAUGACUGUCCAAUACCUAUUCAGUGCAAAACAUGCUGGUUCUUUUGCUGCAAUAUUGCAUCCCCAAUAUUCUGCAAGAAUUAUCUUCAGUCAGCUGUGGAAAUGUUUCUUCCCCCAGACUAUCGAAGAAAACAGACACUGUGCCAUUUUGAUUUAUUGUAUCCCAAGGCUUCAUUCAUAACUGACUAUGCAACCAAUUAAAUCCAAUAAUUCUGGAAAUGUAUUUAAAAGUUUAUUCCCCCCUCCACUAGAACAAAUCUGAGCAAAUUCCUGCAAUAUAAGCAGCUGAAAGUGAACUUGGCAGAGUUUUGGGGAGGGGUUUGACUUUCCUGUAAGAACUGGUGUAAAUGAUGCUGGUAUUUCAGGGCGUUGACAAGAUAAAACCUAAUUUCAAAUUCUUCUAAUUUCAAUGUAAAACCACAUUGCAUUAAUAACCCACAGAUGUCAGCAAGCUACGGGUAUGUUGCUCCCACCCUUAGCUAUUUACAUUUGGAUGAACUUCAUUGAAUGGAGACAAUAUAGCAGCCUAGUUAUGAAUGGGCUACCGCCAGGAUACUCUGAUGGAUAUUCCUUCACAACUACAGUGCAGAGACCACUUCCUGUUUUUCAACCUUACCAUUUUGAGUGGGAGAGAGGAAGAUUUUUUUCUAUAAUUAUUUGAUUUUUUUUGUCGGUGCUAUCACUUUUCUUCAGCCAAUGUUGAAUUGAAAAGGAACAGUACAUAAAAUAGCACGUGGUCUGCAAAGCUUGCUACGUAGACCUGCACCUCCAACCUCAGAGGGGCCCUGGCUAAAUUAUUAUUGUAUUCAAUGUACUCAGUCUCCCUCGCUCUUUAUACCUGCUGUAAAAAAUGAGGGCUGGUGUUUGAAAGAAUAGAUGCAACAAUCUUACUGCCUAUACUUGUGAUCUUGAGUAUUGUUUUUAAAAAUUAUUGGGCAAAAGCAUAAUAUAGAAAGGAAUAUACAGACAUCACAGGAUAGGAUUGUAAACCACCUCCUCAUUCCCUGCUACAGAGAGAAUUUUAAAAAUAUAGACAGUAAGAAUUAGAAACAUGACAAAAUGCCCAAAACUUGUGUAUAGUUCUUGCUUUUUGAAACUUGCACUUAAAAAUUAAGUUCCUUGUAACAUCACUUGUCUGUGGGUACAGCUGCACCAUGCAGUAGGAUUGUUACAAUAUUUUGUUGCUUUGUAUAAUUUAAUUUUUUGUACAGCAGAUUUAAAAACCUAGCUUUUGUGAGUUUAUUUAGAAUUCUGUUACUGUAACAAAUGUACAAAUUUUUUGAAUAAUAUUGUUGAUGUGGUUGUAUCAUAGCAGUUGUUAAGAAGGAAUAUACCAUAGGCAAUGAACUUAAAGGGAAAAGAAAAUAUGGUCUUGUGUAUACAGUACGUGUAUAUUAUUCUGCUUUGUCUGUCGGCUACCAUGGUGACGGAUUAAAUUUAAAGUGCGUUGAAUGACA